ACAGAGCCCCUCCUCCGCCCCCUAUAGAUCCAGCAACCGCCGCAUAGACUGCUCCGUCCCCUAUAGAUCCGGUGACCCCGGACAGAGCCCCUCCUCCGUCCCCUAUAGCUCCUCCGCCCCCUAUAGACCCAGUGACCGCCAUAUAGAGCCCCUCCUCCGUCCCCUAUAGUCCCGGCGCCCCCCGCACAGAGCCCCUCCUCCAUCCCCUAUAGCUCCUCCGCCCCCUAUAGCUCCAGCGCCCGCCAUACAGAGCCCCUCCGCCGCCCCCUAUAGCUCCUCCGUCCCCUAUAGCUCCAGCGCCCGCCAUACAGAGCCCCUCCUCCGCCCCCUAUAGCUCCUCCGCCCCCUAUAGCUCCAGCGACCGCCAUAUAGAGCCCCUCCGCCGCCCCCUAUAGCUCCAGCAACCGCCAUACAGAGCCCCUCCUCCGCCCCCUAUAGCUCCAGCAACCGCCAUACAGAGCCCCUCCUCCGCCCCCUAUAGCUCCAGCAACCGCCAUACAGAGCCCCUCCUCCGCCCCCUAUAGAUCCAGCAACCGCCGCAUAGACUGCUCCGUCCCCUAUAGAUCCGGUGACCCCGGACAGAGCCCCUCCUCCGUCCCCUAUAGCUCCUCCGCCCCCUAUAGACCCAGUGACCGCCAUAUAGAGCCCCUCCUCCGUCCCCUAUAGUCCCGGCGCCCCCCGCACAGAGCCCCUCCUCCAUCCCCUAUAGCUCCUCCGCCCCCUAUAGCUCCAGCGCCCGCCAUACAGAGCCCCUCCGCCGCCCCCUAUAGCUCCAGCGCCCGCCAUACAGAGCCCCUCCGCCGCCCCCUAUAGCCCGGCCAUGCCGCGGGCGCUGGCGCGGGUGCGGGGCGGGGGCCGGGCGCUGGAGCGGCGGCUGCGGGCGGUGCCGCGGGGGGCGCUGCUGGGGGCGCUGCGGCGCCGGGGGGCGCUGAGUCCCCCCGAGGAGGCGGCGCUGGGGGCCGCGGGGGGCCGGGGCUGGGCCCGGCGGCUGCGGGCGCUGGCGGUGGCCCGGGGGGAGGAGACGUGCCGGGUCCUGCUGGAGCUGCUGGAGCUGCUGGAGCAGCCGGGAGCCAUGGACUUCUACAACCCCCAGCGCGACGCCGAGCCCUCCCACCGCUCCGACUGUCCCUGCUGUCACCCGCCGGAGGAGCACCGGGAGGAGGAGGAGGAGGAGGAGGAGGAAGAAGACCCCCGGGAGGAAGAGGAGGGAGACUCCGAGGAGGAGGAUGAAGGCCCCGAGGAGGAGGAGGAGGAGGAGGGCGGUGAAGGUGGAGGCCCUGGGGAGGAGGAAGGGGAUGGUGAGGAGGUAGAUGGAGAGCACGAGGAGGAAGACGAUGAUGGAGGCCCUGAGGAGGAGGAAGGUGACGGAGAUGGAGGCCCUGAGGAGGAGGAAGGUGAGGGUGAGGAGGUAAAUGGAGGCCACGAGGAGGAAGAUGGAGGCCCUGAGGAGGAGGAGGAUGGUGAAGACGGAGAUCCUGAGGAGGAAGGUGGCGAUGAAGAUGGAGGCCCUGAGGAGGAAGGUGACGGCGAGGAGGAGGACGGAGACCCCGAGGAAGAAGAUGGUGGAGACUCUGAGGAGGAGGAUGGCCAUGGAGACCUUGAGGAGGCUGGAGACCACGAGAAGAGGGUCGGUGAUGAAGGACACCCCGAGGAAGAUGAGGGACGCCCUGAAGAUGAUGAGGGACGCCCCGAGGAAGAUGAGGGACGCCCCGAGGAAGAUGAGGGACGCCCUGAAGAUGAUGACGGACGCCCUGAGGAAGAUGAGGGACGCCCCGAGGAAGAUGAUGACGGACGCCCCGAGGAAGAUGACGGACGCCCCGAGGAAGAUGAUGACGGACGCCCCGAGGAAGAUGACGGACGCCCCCCGAGGGCAGAUGACGAGAAGGAGGAAGAUGACGACGAUGAAGACGGAUUUGGGGCAAAAAAUGGGCUGAAGGGGGCUUCUGGGCCCUCUCAGCCUUCCUCCCCCCUCCCCUCCUCCUCCUCCUCCUCGGCCCCGCCCCCUCCCCUGGGUCCCCAAUAAACCCUCUCCCCUUGG